GAGCUGACAGAGACUGUGACACAAGGGAAACGCUGUCGGACAGAGCAGCAGUGGGAUAACUGAAUCUCAUCAUCACAGAGAAACAUCGAGUCCUGGAAAGGAUAAAAACUCCUUCUAACAUGGACAACUUGAGUUAUCCCUUCUUGAAUUCCGAAAUAGCAAACCGUGAGGAUCCCAGCGUUGUGAGCAAUGACUUCUCCACGUCCUUGGGUGCCAUCAUCCUCGGCUUGGUCUUCCUCCUGGGCGUCCCCGGCAACCUCUUCAUCGUCUGGAGCAUCCUGGCUCGCACCCGACAACGCUCGGUCACCACCCUCCUCAUCCUCAACCUGGCGUGUGCCGACGGCUUCCUCAUGGCCCUCACCAUCUUCUUCAUUAUCUACCUGGCCAAGCAGACGUGGGUCUUUGGCGACAUCAUGUGCAAAGGCCUGUUCUACCUGUGCAACACCAACAUGUACGCCUCCAUCUUUCUGAUCACGCUGAUGAGCGUGCACAGGAUGGUUGCCGUGGUGUUGCCGAGGAGACUGUCCUCCCUGGUCAGCAGGAAGAUUGUGAGGCGGGUGAUCGUGGGCACGUGGGCGUUGGUGUUGGUCAUCGCUAUCCCGUCACUGGUGUUUCGAGACGUCAGAGACGACAAAGAUGAGAUGAAUAGAAUAAGACUGGUGUGUGCGCCCAAUCACACCCUGGCAACACAUGUGAGGUUCCAGUAUGCCUUUGAGACGGUGUCGGGAUUCAUUCUUCCUUACGCAGUCAUCAUCACCUGCUACGUCCUCAUCCUGAAACGCCUUAGGCAGAUCAAGUUCCGCCGAAAGGUCCGCAGCGAGAACCUCAUCCUGGCUAUUGUGGUGAUGUUUGGCCUCUUCUGGCUGCCCUAUCAUGUCAUCAACAUGUUGGAGGUGGCAACUCAGUGGUACACGGAAAAUUCAUCCAGAAGACUAGCAUUGGAGAGAAUCACUAAGUCCAGCCGUGCGGUCACUUCGGCUUUGGCCUUCAUCAGCAGCUGUGCCAAUCCCGUCCUCUACACCUUCGCUGGGAAGUCCUACAUCAAGCAGAACGGCUUCGCCUUCAUGGCUCGGCUCUUUGAGGGAACGUCAUUGGACCAAUCAGGGACUAAAAGGAGCAAAGACACUGUGGAACUCAGUAAUGUUGACUCCACUAACGGCUCAGGAACUCCUACUUUACAAAAUAGAGAGAAGCGUUGAAUGAACUUUGUGCAUAAACGAGAGCUGCCUGAAAGUGAAAAUUUGUAAAAAGAAAAACCAAAUACAAAACACGUGGUGUGUGUAGCUUUUGUUUAAAGCAACAUUUGACAAAAUCAAAGCACCAGCUGAGAGCUGACUGACAAGUAUUCUGUUUUGUACAUAGAUUGUGUUGAAAGAAAUAUACAUUUGAACUGACCUGUAUAUCAGAACUGUAAAUACUCUUUACAUUUUUAUUUUUAUUACAUUUUGUCACAGUUAGAGAAUAACAAAUAAGGAAAAUAUAAUUUGUAAUAAUAACAUAUUACAGAUACUACUUUGGAAGCAAUUAGAUUGUGAUAAAAAAAAAACUUUCAUUUCUUAACAGGAAACACUUCAUUUCACAUUUAUAAAAAAUAUACAUUUAAUAAAUGUAUGGGUGCCCACAUAGGAGUUAGUUGUAAAUUACAUUAAUAAAUCCUUAUACAGUAUCUGCUUACAAUGACAUUGUAGUGUGUUAUAAACCAUUUAUUAAAUGUUUAUAUACUGCUUAUAAAUGUUAAAUAGGGGGAUUCAAACUGGCCCUUCAGAUGAAAUUAAUUUCUAAAGAGCUCCAUUAUAAUUCAUCAUCAGUGUACAUUAGUUUUAACCACUUUAUGAUCAAAACAAUAUGUUAACUACUUAUUUUGUGACUUAAUAUAAUUAGGUGUUGCAUCAUAAACACUCUGAAUACAUUAGUCUGAACAGAAUCGGUGAACUCAGUUCUUGUGGAGGGUAGAUCACUUUUUCCUUUUUGAUACGUCUGGAUCUGGACUCUGCUCUUCCUUUCUCCUCUUCAUCCACAAACUAUCAGUGACCUGUUUUAAAAGCUUUGUACAAACUGUAUACACAAAGUGUUCAAUACACACCCAGUGUUCUGGAUUGGGCAUUGUCCAUGAAAACCUACAGGUAAUCUUGGGGAGGUGCUGAGUCUUUGCCCCAUUUUAUAUAUUUUACAGGUUCAGUUCUGCAAGUUUAUCAUUUUUUAUUUGUGUAAUUUCUCAUGAUGCAAUAAUGAGUUACCAGCAUUUUGAAUUUCUGUGCACGUCGUCAGCUUCUGUCUUGAGUCAUUUUUAAAGUGUUAUGCUCUUGAUUUAUUCCAUUAAUGCACUGUACAAAAAGUUUGUACCACUAUUUUUACAAUAAAAAAAUAAAUAAAAAAUAUGACUUUACA